AUGUGCUGUCCAACGUCUUCAUGCACAACGAAUAUGAAGAAGCAUCUACUCAGUUGCAAGUCAUUCAAGGUCUAUGAAGCGGCUAACAAGUUAAAUAAUCAGACUGUGUUGACUCCUACUGGUGAGGAUGGAAACCUUAGUAUGGUUAAGAGGAUGAUCAUUGGGUUCCAGAGUGUUACUGAUCAUAAAGGUGGAACAAUUUCUCGAGUUCUUCUAGAGUGUUCACAAGAAUGGGAUAUAAAGAGAAUCUUCUGCAUCAAGGUUGAUAAUGCUACUGCUAGUACAUCGGCCAAAAAGUUCAAGGAAGCAUUUAGGCGAGAAAAUGGUGAUGAUACAAUUGUGCUUAAUGGAGAUUUCUUACAUCUAAGAUGUGCUACACACAUAUUGAACCUAAUCGUGAAAGAGAGAUUAUUUGAAGUAGAUGACAAUAUUGAUUUGAUUCCUAAUGUGUGUUCAUUUCGGUUCCAUGUAGUGAGAUGGACGGGGCUCCUAGAGGUUGUGGCGCGAGAGGGUGCGGUGCUUGAGGUCGUGGUGGCAGAGCUAGAGGCCGUGGAGGCCGGGGCGAGAAAGUUUGACGCGGAGUGUGGCGACAGCGUCGGUGACCCAGUCAGUGUCCGUGUCGAGGGGCUCCGCGAGUACCUCCAGUGGCAGAGGGCUGCGGAGUUUGUUCAGCCGCAGGCUGCGGGUUUGGUUGUGCCUUCCUAUUUGGAUAUGAUGGAGUACAAGCAGAAGAUUGGUACGCCGUGGCAGAUGAGUGGUGCCACUGUAGGCCGGAGGGCAGUGUGGACUUGGGGCGAGUUCCUUACGGAAUUCAACACCAAGUAUUUUCCUCGUGAGGCGCGGGAUCGUCUUCAGUUCCGAUUCAUGUCGCUAGUGCAUGGUGAUCGUACAGUGCGCGAGUAUGACGCCGAUUUUAGCAGACUGUUAGUGCAUGCCGGCCGUGACAUGGAGGAUGAGCAUCAGCUGAUGCAGAGGUUCCUUGAGGGGCUUCAAAUGAGUUUCAGGACACUAUGCAUAGGACGCAUUUACUCCUGCUAUCCAGCCUCGGAGUCAGCAGCAGCAGGAAUAGGUGGUUGGAGUUUCAGUUCAGGUUCUGGCAGGGGCAGUAUGCCUGCGCAGGGCCAAAAGAGGAGCAGAGAGGAGACUUCUGGAUUUAGUCAGUUUCCUCAUGGUUUGUGUUAUGGGUGUGGGAGUCAUCAUGGGGGAUAUCGAGAGCCGGGGACAGCACCGAUAUCGAAGACGCCUUACAGGAUGGCGCCAGCUGAGUUGGCAGAGCUGAAGAAGCAGAUAGAGGACCUUUUGUCUAAGGGGUUCAUUCGACCGAGUGUUUCACCGUGGGGAGCACCGGUGUUGUUUGUGAAGAAGAAGGAUGGCAGUUUCAGACUUUGUAUCGAUUACAGAGGUCUUAACCGAGUCACUGUGAAGAACAGGUACCCACUCCCGAGGAUUGAUGAGUUGUUGGAUCAGUUGAGGGGUGCUACUUGGUUCUCCAAGAUUGACUUGGCAUCGGGGUAUCAUCAGAUCCCGAUAGAUGAGGCAGAUGUCAGGAAGACUGCUUUCAGGACGCGUUAUGGGCAUUUUGAGUUUGUGGUUAUGCCUUUCGGUUUGACUAACGCGCCGGCAGCCUUCAUGAGAUUGAUGAACGACGUGUUCAGGGAGUAUUUGGACGUGUUCGUCAUCAUUUUCAUUGAUGACAUUCUGGUAUACUCGAGGAGUCAGGAGGAGCAUGCGACUCACUUGAGGUUGGUUCUGGAGAAGCUUCGGGAGCAGAAGCUUUUUGCUAAGUUGAGCAAGUGCAGUUUCUGGCAGCGAGAGAUGGGAUUUCUUGGCCACAUUGUUUCUGCAGAGGGAGUUUCUGUGGAUCCGGCUAAGAUUGAGGCUAUCAGAGAUUGGCCUAGACCUAGUAGUGCCACCGAGAUCAGGAGUUUUCUGGGUUUGGCAGGAUACUACAGGAGGUUCGUCAAGGGGUUUGCUACCAUGGCGCAGCCGAUGACGAAGUUGACCGGGAAGGAUGUCCCGUUUGUUUGGUCAGCUGAGUGUGAGGAGAGCUUUAGUCAGCUCAAGGAGAUGUUGACUACUACACCAGUGUUGGCGUUACCCGAGCCAGGGAAGCCUUACAUGGUGUAUACAGAUGCUUCAGGCAUUGGUCUUGGUUGUGUGCUGAUGCAGGAGGGCAGAGUGAUAGCAUAUGCUUCGAGACAGUGGCAGGGCAGUGAGCGUAACCGUCCUACACAUGACUUAGAGUUGGGAGCAGUGAUCUUCGCGUUGAAGAUUUGGAGGUCUUACUUGCUAGGUGAGACAGUACAGGUCUUCACGGAUCACAAGAGUUUGCAGCAUAUCUUCACUCAGCCGAUGAUGAACGCGAGACAGACGCGCUGGGUUGAGUUCUUGGCGGACUAUCAGGUGAGCAUUAACUACCAUCCGGGCAAGGCUAACCUAGUGGCGGACGCGUUGAGUAGACGGAGGUAUGAUUCCGCAGUUGAGCGAGAUGUGGAGUCUCUAGUUGGCGAGAUCAGUACCUUGCGUUUGUGUGCCAUUUCGCAUGAGCCUUUGGGUUUAGAGGCAGUGGAUCAGGCGGAUCUACUUAGCAGGAUCAGAGUUGCUCAGCAGAGUGAUCAGAGUUUUAGAUGCGAUGCGCGAGAGUGA